UGUGCUCUCCAGCGGAAAGGCCAGGGGCGCCUCCUGACGAUUUUCCGGUGAUUCGUUCAUUCUUUCGUGACCCCACUCACCAGGAAGAAGGAUAACAAUGGCGGACGCUGCUCCAGCCACUCGCGGUGGUUUUCGUGGUGGGUUUGGUAACCGUGGAGGUGCAGGUGAUCGUGGAGGUCGCGGUGGCCGUGGGGGACGCGGUCGUGGCCGAGGGCGAGGCCGUGGACGUGGGAAGGAGGACCAGAAGGAGUGGAUACCAGUGACAAAGCUGGGGCGUCUCGUCAGGGAUGGGAAGAUCCGCUCCCUUGAGGAUAUUUAUCUGUUCUCCCUCCCCAUCAAGGAGUACGAGAUCAUUGAUCAGUUUAUCGGUCCCUCCCUCAAGGAUGAGGUUCUCAAGAUCAUGCCUGUCCAGAAGCAAACUCGUGCUGGUCAGCGUACUCGUUUCAAGGCAUUCGUAGCUAUCGGCGACAGCAACGGCCACAUUGGUCUCGGUGUCAAGUGCUCGAAGGAAGUGGCCACUGCAAUUCGUGGUGCCAUAAUCCUCGCGAAGCUCUCAGUCGUCCCAGUGCGUCGUGGAUACUGGGGUAACAAGAUUGGUAAACCCCACACUGUCCCCUGCAAGGUGACUGGCAAGUGUGGAUCUGUCCAGGUGCGACUGAUCCCAGCGCCCAGAGGUACUGGCAUUGUCUCAGCUCCAGUCCCCAAGAAGCUCCUGCAGAUGGCCGGUAUCGAGGACUGCUACACCUCAGCACGAGGCUCCACCUGCACACUUGGGAAUUUCGCGAAGGCCACCUAUGCUGGCAUCGCCAAGACCUACGCUUAUCUCACUCCAGAUCUGUGGAAGGACAUGCCACUCUCUGAAGCUCCUUAUCAGGAACAUGCUGACUGGCUGUCCAAAAACCACAGACCGGUUGCUGCUGGACAGCGCGCCACCGAGACUGCCUAAUGAGUUUCAAUAAAUUAACACAUGAGAAAUAA